UUAACCUAUUUUUUAAACGGGUCAUGUUCGGGUCAAUCCACUCAAACAUUUUUUUCCAUUUUCUGUAUACUCUUUUCCUUCACUAACAACCACCGCCGCCGAUCUUCUUGCCGUCGCUGUCGCCGCCGAUAUCCUCCACCCACACUAUCUCACCAACUUCCCAUUGUCUCCAAUCAGCUUCCUCACACCUUAAAAACCCUAAAUUAAUGAAAAGCUGCUAUAGAUGCACAUCUAAAUAGAAUGAGAAAGCAUGCAACAAGUUUAUACCCAGCUAUUUCCAAUGUGAAAUCUUGCUAUAACACACCUGCACACCCCCAAUUUUCUGAAUUUCACAACUUAUCUACCUUCAUUCAUGUAAACAUCAACCGCAGAACCCAAAAACAUAAACUUGCUAAGCUAUUGCAGUCACCAUCAACCGUUAAUAACCCAAGUGCCUACUAUAAACUAAUUCACGGACAGAUUAUAACAUCUGGGUUUCAACCAGAUACCUUUCUUGCAAACAUAUUGAUCAGUAGUUAUUCAAAAUGUGACCGUCUAGACUAUGCACACAAGUUGUUCGAUGAAAUGCCUGAGAGAAAUAUAAGCUCUUGGUCUUCAAUGAUUUCUGGGUAUACUCAUCACGGGUAUAGCGAAGAAGCCUGGAUGAUGUUUGUUGUGUUUCAAAGAGAGAGGAAAGAAAGGUUGAAUGAGUAUGUGUUAGCGAGUGUUAUUCGCGCAGUUACGCAGUUGGCGUGUGCGGUUAAGGGUUGCGAGUUGCAUAGUUUGGUUGUUAAAACCGGUCUUGAUCAAGAUGUUUAUGUGGGUACUUCAGUUGUUGAUUUUUAUUCGAAAACUGGCAAAGUGGAAGAUGCGAGAUUGAUUUUCGAUGGGUUGCCGGUGAAAACUGCGGUAUCAUGGACUACGAUUAUAUCCGGUUAUGCAAGAGUAGGAAAGGGUGAAGUUUCGUUACAGUUGUUAAGUCAAAUGAAAGAAAGUAAUGUUAUUCCGGACCGAUACGUUCUCUCUAGCGUUUUAAGCGCGUGUUCGGUUGUUGGGUUCGUUGAAGGCGGGAAGCAAGUUCACGGUUUCGUGUUGAGAAGAGGAGCAUCGAUGGAUAUAUCGGUGAGCAACGCGCUUGUAGAUUUUUACGUGAAGUGCGGUAAAGUGAGAUCGGGAAGGAAGAUUUUCGAUCAAAUGUUGAUGAAAAAUGUCAUAUCGUGGACCACUAUGAUAUCGGGCUACAUGCAGAAUUCGUUUGAUGAUGAGGCGAUUAAUUUGUUUAUCGAAAUGGCUCGAAACGGUUGGAAACCGGAUGGGUUCGCGUGUACUAGCGUGUUAACGUCAUGUGCGUCGCUUGAAGCUCUAGGGCCAGGUCGACAAACACAUGCGUAUACUGUGAAAACGAAUCUCGAUAAAGAUGAAUUUGUGAACAAUGGUUUAAUCGACAUGUAUUCGAAAUGUAAUUCCGUUACCGACGCUAGAAAAGUGUUUAAUGGCAUCCCGAAUCGCAAUGUGAUCGGUUACAAUGCGAUGAUUGAAGGUUACUCUAGGCAUGGAGAUCUUCACGAAGCAUUGGAUCUUUUCCGCGAAAUGAGGGUUAAAAACGUUGAUCCGGGCCUGUUGACUUUCGUCAGUCUUCUUGGCGCUUCAGCUUCGUUACUCGAUUUACAACUGAGCAAACAAAUUCACGGAUUUAUGAUCAAGUUUAAUGUUUCGUUAAACAUGUUUGCAGGUAGUGCUUUGAUCGAUGUAUACUCGAAAUGUUCUUCAGUAUGUGACGCACGCCAAGUGUUCGAUGAAAUGUCUGAAAAAGAUAUUGUGGUAUGGAACGCUAUGCUUUUCGGGUAUACCCAGAUAUCCGAAAACGAAAACGCUCUCAAACUUUAUCGAGAACUGCAACUAUCGUUUCAAAAACCGAACGAGUACACGUUUGUAGCACUAAUUACCGCAGCUAGCAACCUUGCUAGCCUUCAAAUCGGGCACCAGUUCCAUUCGCAGCUCUUUAAAAUGGGUCUAAACCUCGAUUCGUUUGUCACAAAUGCAUUACUAGACAUGUACGCAAAAUGUGGAAGCAAAACCGACGCUCAAAAUCUAUUCGACUCCACAGUUUGCAAAGACAUCGUGUGUUGGAACUCAAUGAUAUCAACACACGCACAACACGGAGACGCUAACAAAUCCUUAAAACUGUUUGAAAAGAUGUUGAACGAGGGAAUCGAACCCAAUUACGUCACGUUUGUAGCCGUGCUCUCCGCUUGUGACCAUAUGGGGCUGGUCAAAGACGGGUUUGACCACUUUGAAUCAAUGGCUAGUUUCGGAAUCGAACCAGGGUUAGAACAUUACGCGUGUAUGGUUUCACUUCUCGGUCGAGCUGGUAAACUAUACGAAGCUAAAGAUUUCAUCGAAAAUUUACCGAUACCGCCAGGUGGCGUAAUAUGGAGGAGUUUGUUAAGUGCGUGUAGGGUUGCGGGAAAUCUCGAAAUCGGUAAAUACGCUGCGGAAAUGGCGAUUUUGAGUGAUCCGAAAGAUAGUGGAUCGUAUAUAUUGCUUUCGAAUAUUUAUGCGAGUAAGGGCAUGUGGAGUGAGGUGAAGAAGGUGAGAGAGAGAAUGGAGUGGAACGGGGCGGUGAAAGAAACGGGAUGUAGUUGGAUAGAAAUUAAUAACGAAGUUCAUGUUUUUGUUGCGAGAGACGGAUCUCAUCGACAAGCGGAUUUGAUUUAUAAAGUGAUUAAUAAUCUGAUUGAUCAUGUUAGAACAUUAGUAUAUGCAUCGGACCCUUGUAUGAUUUUGAUAAAUGAGAUUGAGUAAUGAAAGGGAUAAUUGGUUUGAUCUCUUA